CAUCGUCAAGUUCAGAUUGAUACAUAGCUAUGGCGUCCGCGACGAACACGAUCAUCCUCUCGACCAUUGUUGUCGUCCUCCUCAUGUUCAGCUCCGCAUCAGCCUCGCGACAUGACGUGACGGCCAUCUUUGCAAUCGGAGACUCCACCCUGGACCCAGGCAACAACAACCACAUUGGCACCCUGUUCGUGAGCAACCAUCCCCCUUAUGGCUGCGACUUCCCUGGUCGUGUGGCCACCGGAAGGUUCACGAAUGGAAGGCUGGUGACCGAUGUCCUUAGCUCCCACCUGGGGCUCAAGCAGUUCCUUCCAGCGUACCUCGACCCGGCCCUGAAGGACGAGGACCUCCUGACAGGCGUCAGCUUCGCGUCUGCAGGCUCUGGCAUUGAUGACGAGACCACCGUGCUGGCUCACUUGUUAUCCUUGGAAUCACAAGUGCGCAACUUCAAGAUUGCCCUGAGGAGGAUCGAGCGAAAAAUCGGGCCCCAAGAAGCCAAGCGGAUCAUCAACAAUGCCCUGUUUGUUAUCAGCUCCGGGACCAACGACAUCUUGAAUAACUUCUACUGGUUGCCCGUCUCGCACAGGAAGCUGCAGUUCUCGCUCCCGCAGUACCACGACUUCUUGCUCGAAAGGCUCGAAAACAUCAUUCAGGAUCUACACAGUUUGGGAGCACGCAAGUUCCUAGUGGCAGGGAUGCCUCCGACUGGAUGCUUGCCGUUGCAGAUGACUGCAGGAAGCAUAUUUCCGAUAUUCGGCCCUCACACACUCCAGCGCAGGUGUGUCGAACAACAGAACAGUGACUCGCAGGCGUACAACGUGAAGCUCCAAGCCCUGAUCACGAAGUUGAGUUCCGAAGUGGAGGAAGCCAAAUUCGCCUAUGCCGACAUCUACAGGCCCUUGAUGGACAUUAUCCAAAACCCAUCUAAAGAAGGGUUUGAUGUAUCGACUGAGGGAUGCUGUGGGAUCGGGCUAGUUGAGACGGGUCCUUUGUGCCUUGUGCUAUCACCAAAGUGCACCAAUCCGUCUCGCUAUGUGUUUUGGGAUUCCAUCCACCCAACCGAAGCUGCAUACUCUCGCAUUGCUGAGGAAAUCAUCAAGACUACGCUGCCAAAGCUCGUUACAUAGGAGAAACAUUUUGAGGAGUCCAGAUGACAGAACGAUAUCAAUCUGCAUAUAGACGUACAUUAGCUAUAUAUAUAUAUAUCCAUUAGAUGGUCAUCACAGUUAGCACCUUCCGGGUCCACUUCGUUUAAAUUUAUAGGUUCAGCUUUGGUUUUGUCGGUUUUUCUCUCAUUCCAAGUAUGGUACAGAACAAAGUUGAUCUAACUUACAUUCCAAGUCAUCCUCUUUGGUAGUUUGGUGUAAACAUUUGCUUCGAAGUUUAGUAACUUCCGCCUGAAGAAGUCGAUUAUGUUUCUUCAGAAUACUUGUAUUUAUUUGGAAAACGCUGCGAAAUUCCGGCGGGCUUCGGGAUUCUUGAUCGAUCCAUGAUGGGGGUCACCCAAUCGUAACCCAUUCGGAACAUAGCCCCCGACGCCACUAGACGGAACAUGGCAGGACAGGUUGAGCAGUUUCUCUGCCUCCAUGACAAAUAUAAAUAAUAUC